GAGAUGAUAUAAGGAUUACUUCCAAGAGCGCAAGGCAUGUCUGUCGUCACUCGGUUUCCGUCACCAAAAGCUGUUUUGGUGUCAGCCGUUGCUGGGUUUGGAUGAUUUUGUAUUGGAUCAAAUUCAUUCGUUCCGCUCCUGUUUGCCGGGCUCGACGGCGUUGCGCGCAAAGGCUUUAGCCCCGCGACAGCCAGCCCGAACUUCAAACUCGAAGCCGCGGCAGUCUACGAUCUGUCAAUAUCCUCAUCAGCUCACCUCAAGUGUGAACUUACAUGUUGGCGGCUCCGAGGAAGCCGCUUACGUUGGCCUCUUACCGGAGCCCUCGCUCAUUACGCCCCAAAGAGCAGCUUUCUUGCGCCAUGUGCAAAAGUCUUACUGGUAAGGCAAACUAUAUAACGUCGAUUGCUCCCCAAAGCCGCCCACGACUAGCAGGGACUAUUAGGCCUGGGCGAAGUUCCCCGGGGCCUUCUUUCCUGUUCGUGUUGUCUUUUUACUAUAUCUCUAGCACAAGCAAACCAUCUGAAAGUGGUUCAGUAAACUUUACGCCAGUGCUGCGCUGAGUGCGGAGGGCCCAACGCGAGUUGUAUUAGCUGCGAGGCGUUACAACGUUUCCCGCCUGUGCAUCUGCCUCGCGCGAGCGAUACCAGGCUCGCACCAGGUCGGAAACGCCUUGCUUGCGGCUUCCAGCCCGGCGCGUUAACAUGUCGGCUAGGGCAAUGUGCGGCCUGCAACCGCCGGCGUCGGCAGGAGCAGCUGGGGCGGCGCGGGGCAGCAGCAGCCAGGGUUUCGCCGGCGGCAGUAGCAGCCGCACGGGGGCAUACUGGCCGCUGCCCGUCCGCUGCGUCGGCCCCGCCAGCGCCGCGGCGGCCUCCUCCCGCCGCCUCAAGGUGUCUGUGGCUGCUGCCAUGGACUGGCGCAACCGCCACAAUGAGCGCGAGGCCCGGCCCGAAAACGUGGCCGGCUCCUUCUUCGUGGACCGGACCUGCAUCGACUGCGACACGUGCCGCUGGAUGGCUCCCGAAACGUUCGGCCGCGUGGGUCGCCAGAGCGCGGUGGUGUCCCAGCCCACCGGCCACGAGGCACGUGUGCGGGCGCUGCAGGCGCUGCUGUCCUGCCCCACGUUCUCCAUCCACGUCACCGACCGCACCUCCGCCGAGCUCAAGGCCGCUCAGCGCGGCCUGCCCGCACCCGUGCCCGGCCUGCCGCCGCUGCCGCCCCUGACACCCACCACCACGCCGGCACAAGCCGACGCCGCGACAAUGCCCCCGCCCGCCAGUGCGCCCGGAGCCCCGGGGGCCGCGGCUGCGCCGGCGGCUGCAGAGGCAGGGGCUGCGGGGGCUGCGGCGGCGGGGGCGGGGGAGCCGGUGCGGGCGUGUGUGUAUUACACGGGCUGGACGACGGAAAAGUCGUUCGCGGGCUGUCCGUACCUGGUGGUACGGCCGGAGGGCAACAUCCUGGUGGACUCGCCGCGCUUUAACGCCGUACUGGCGGCUCGGCUGGCGGCCCUGGGGGGCGUGCGGCACAUAUUCCUCACACACCGGGAUGACGUGGGCGACCACCAGGCGUGGGCAGACCACUUUGGCGCGCAGCGGAUCCUGCACGAGUCGGAGUGCAACAGCCGGCAGGGCACUGACAAGGUGGAGAUCAAGCUGCGCGGCGAGGGACCCUGGGUGCUUACAGCCACCGGCGAGGUGGUGCCGGUGGCGGCCGCGGCGGCGGCGGGCGGGGCUGCUGGCGCCGGCGGCGGCCCAGGCGUGCAGCACCAGUCAGACGUGGAGUUUGUGUUCACGCCGGGACACACGGCGGGCCACGUGUGCAUGUACUAUGCGCCGCAGCAGGUGCUGUUCAGUGGCGAUCACCUGUGCUCCGCGGAGGGAGAGGUGGAGGGCGGGAGCCAGGCCGCUCUGUACGUGUUUGAGGACUUUUGCUGGCACGACUUCCGACAGCAGCUGCGCAGCGUGGCGGCCCUCCUGGCCUACGACUGGCUGCACGUGCUGCCCGCCCACGGGCGCCGCGCGCACCUGAAGGACGCGAGCGCGCGGCUGGCGGCGGUGAGUCAGCUCCUGCGGCAGCACGGGGCGGAGGCGGAGGCGGCAGAGGCGGCACGGGUGGCAGCGAAGGCGGGGGUGGUCGCUACGGCUGGCCAGUAGUGGAAAACAAUUCAGGGGGCGGGGGCGGGGAUGAGGUGUGGUACGAGGAAGCUGCGAAGGGUAGCACUUCUGAGCACAUGCACUCGCAUAAGACGCAAGAAGCACGGUUGCAGGGCUGCAAACCGUGCUAUCUACAGGAAUAUGUACCAUAAUGUUGAGCUAGCUCGCGCACAUUGCUACGAGUACGUCUGUCGGUGGGCCAUUGUUCGCACGUUGCAGCUGCGUUGGCAUUGCAAGCAAGAUGGAUGGGAUGUGCCAAAUUGUGGACAGGCGCAAGUCUGAAGCGCACUACUGCUGUUGACCUUGAAACUUUUGCUGUGGAUGGACGAUUGUGGACUGUUGUGGUGUGUGGUACUGUGCGCACAUGUCGGGAUCCCCUCCCUUCGGAAUGACAGAUGGCUGGCUCACCCAACCGCCUCAGCGUCGCGGCCGGGCCAGGAGAAUCCGCCCAUAUCGACCUGAGGCGAGCGCAGACCGCCCACGCACUUGACCAGCAAGUCAAUACUAUACUAUAGAUACGGAGGGGCUGAGAGCGUGGGGGAGACGGGGGUAAACCUGCUUGGCGUCGGGGAAGGCCCGUAACCGCCGUCAAGACCCCCCGCACGGCAGAGACCUACAACCGGACUGUGGAUUGAACAUGCUGGCAAGGUUCUCGAACAUGGUUAGGUUUGUAGUCCGAGAGUUUGACAAACGAAAUUGAGCAAAACGUGUGCGGAUUUUGGACGAAGGCUCUACCACAGCUUUGCGGGCGUCUCCUCCACAACUUUGCAUGUAUCCCUUCUGUGUCAUUAUGAUUUGCACUC